CAGCCAGCGCCCCGCGCCCCUGGGUUCCCCUGGCGCCUGGAGCCCCGGUUCCCUGGCCCCCAGUCGUCCGGACCCCAGUCCUUGCUCGGCCACCCGCGCCCCCCGACUCCCAGUCCCCUGGCCCCCCGUCCCCACCCAGACCGCGGAUCCCCAGCCCGGGCGCGGGCGGCGCGUCAGAGAGAGGCGUGCGGCGCGGUGACGGCGGUGACCUCGGGCCUCCGGGCGCAGAUGGCUCAGGCGAGGAUCAGCGCCAAGGCCAACGAGGGCCGCUUCUGCCGCUCCUCGUCCAUGGCCGACCGCUCCAGCCGCCUGCUGGAGAGCCUGGACCAGCUGGAGCUCAGGGUGGAAGCUCUGCGAGAAGCGGCCACUGCCGUGGAGCAGGAGAAGGAGGUGCUGCUGGAGAUGAUCCACAGCAUCCAGAACAGCCAGGACAUGCGGCAGAUCAGCGAAGGGGAAAGGGAAGAACUAAACCUGACUGCAAACCGUCUGAUGGGACGAACACUGACCGUUGAAGUUUCAGUGGAAACAAUUAGGAACCCCCAGCAGCAGGAGUCCCUCAAGCAAGCCACCAGGAUCAUCGACGAAGUGGUGAGCAAGUUUCUGGAUGACCUGGGAAACGCCAAGAGUCACCUCAUGUCACUGUACAGCGCCUGUUCUUCCGAGGUGCCUGCCGGGCCUGUGGAUCAGAAGUUCCAGUCCAUAGUGAUUGGCUGUGCUCUUGAAGAUCAGAAGAAAAUUAAGAGAAGGCUAGAGACCCUGCUUAGGAACAUUGAAAACUCUGACAAGGCCAUCAAGCUGCUGGAGCAUUCUAAAGGGGCUUCCAAAACCCUGCAGCAGAACACCGAGAGCAGGUUCAAUUAGUGUUCGGCCUAAGAGCCCUUGAAAUAAUGGCAUAGAAAUGCUAACAUACUAGUGCAAGUGUUAAUUAACUAGUCCUGUAUGUUAGGCACAACAACUCCCAUAACACUGAUAGUGGUUUCCAGUGAGGGACAUGUCCCAGUGUUGUUAGUUUUAUGAAUAACAAUUAAAACUAGCAAUAUUUUGAUUACCUUUC